AUGAAGAAUGAUAUUAUACCUUGGGCACCAUUGAUUGAGGAGUUCACUUUUGUUGCUAAUUCAGUCCCCUUCAACAGCUGUCACGCUUCUACUAUUGUGGAGCUGGACAAAAAUCACUUUUUGGUUGCCUAUUUUGGGGGUACAGCAGAGGGGGCACUUGACGUGAAGAUUUGGAUGCAGACUUAUAAGGAUGGUUCCUGGGACCCUCCUAUCAUUGCUGAUGAACAACUUGAUGUUCCUAUGUGGAAUCCAGUGCUAUUUAAACACCCCUCAAACGAACUGCUUCUGUUCUAUAGGAUUGGGCAAGAGGUUCAGAAGUGGAGUGGAUGCAUGAAGCGAUCUUAUGACGGUGGGGUCACCUGGUCAGAAAGAGAACAACUUCCUCCUGGUAUACUAGGACCAAUUAAGAACAAGCCUAUUUUGCUAGAAAAUGGUGACUUGCUCUGCGGAUCUUCUGUUGAGAGCUGGAAUUCUUGGGGUGCAUGGAUGGAGAUAACUGCAGACUUGGGUAGGUCUUGGAGAAAGUAUGGCCCAAUAUACAUUAAGGGCGAGUCUCUCAGUGUGAUUCAACCAGUUCCUUACCAGACUGCCAAAGGGACCAUUCGUGUACUUCUGAGAUCCUUUGAGGGAAUUAAUAGAAUUUGUAAGUCAGAAUCCAGUGAUGGUGGACAUACUUGGGAUUAUGCAAGGCCAACAGAAUUGCCAAAUCCAAAUUCAGGAAUCGAUGGGGUUAAGCUGAAGGAUGGCCGUCUAGUACUUGCUUACAAUACAAUCUCCAGGGGUGUGCUCAAAGUUGCUCUCUCUUCAGAUGAUGGAGACUCGUGGCACGAUGUUGUAACACUGGAGGAGACUUUAGGAAUGGAAUUUUCUUAUCCAGCUGUUAUCCAAGCAAGUGAUGGAUUAGUGCACAUCACUUACACAUAUAAUAGAACACAAAUCAAGGUACCAUCUUUAUUCUCUGAAUGA